AUGAGGCGAUUUCAGUCGACGCGGAUCCUCGCAAGUGAACAGAGUGACGUAGUUGAGCUCCUUCCACAAAAGAUGCGUCUGGUCGUAUCAGUCUUUUGGAUGGUGGCAGGGACGGCGUGGGCACUGGAGGAAAACAGUGUGGACAACCUCUACGAUGAACAUUUUCCUCCUCUUCGCCCUAACUGCACUCAGAGUCUCACAGAUGUUCUCUUGCUGCGCCAAGAAGUCCUGCUGAAAGAACUGAAGCAGGCCGAGCAAGUGUCUGCAGGAAUCUUGAGGGAGUUAGCGGACAUCUUGACUGACAACAAGGUUUCCUCCACGUCCAGAGUCGUUGUAAAGGCAACGACUGUCUGGGUGGGCGGAAGAGACCACUUAGUAGAAGGGGAAUGGAGGUGGGUCUCUGGGGAAGACAUGCCGAGAGGAACGCCCUUUUGGGGACAUACCAGAAAGUAAGUUAUUUUCAUUCUGUAGAUGAUGAAUUCAUAGGAAUGAACACACGCAUAUAGUUAAUGUUUUGUAUUACCUGCUGACAUUGCUUUCCACAGCGUGCGCGAACCAGCUCAAGGCACAGCGGGGAAUUGCCUCUGCUUGUAUGGCCCUGAUGGUUUAAUGAUGCACGAUGCAGAAUGUCAUCUGGAUUAUAAGCCUCUCUGUCAGAUUAACUUAAUAAAGUAAUAGAUCAUUGAAAUCCAGAUUUUUUUUAUGCAUACAUGUAAGUAAUUAUGAUUAUUGUCACAUAUCAGCAUCAGAAAGGAAACAUAAAUUCGCAACGAAAAAUGUAAGCCAUUUUUGUUGUUUGACUGCAUCUAAAUGGAUACAUCGUCAGGUGCAGAGAUACAUUUUAACAAAUAUUUGUGUAUCUUUAUUUUCAAAGUUCCAUUAGUUU